AUGGAGCUGAUACAGGACUACGAACAACAAUAUGCCGUGCAGACGGCCGAAAUUACUGCUCAGAUUGGUCGAAUUGCGGUUGCGAGUGGAGCGGAACGCAAUAAACUGAUUUCCGACGUCGACCGCCAGCUUGAAGAAUCGCAAGAGUUGCUGGAGCAAAUCGGGCUGGAGAUUCGUGACAUUCCACAGAAUUCGCGUGCCGCGUACACCUCACGAUUGAAUUGUUAUCAGGCCGAAUGGAAACGAUUGCAGCAAGAUUUCAAUAAUGCGAAAGUGGCCCGAUCGAAGGCUGGGUACGAUUCAUCGGUGGAUGAUUUUGACGAGAUAGGCAUACAGGAGGACCAGAAACGACGGUUGCUGGAUAAUACGGAACGGUUGGAACGUACCAGCAACUAUCUGAACGAUGCGUACCGUGUUUCGAUCGAAACGGAACAGAUAGGAACACAGGUUCUAGCCGACCUUAGUCAGCAGCGAGAAACCAUCCAACGAUCGAGAGGAAGGCUUCGGGAGACGGAUGCUGAUUUGAGCCGAUCCUCCCGGAUUCUGAACUCAAUGAUUAUGCGUGCAAUGCGUGAGAAGUUCAUUCUCGUGGUCGUGGUAGUGGCUAUAUUUCUUGUCCUUAUCUUUAGUAUUUAUUUCUCCAUAUCGUAA